AUGGCCACCACCACCACCACCGAAACCCUCGCCGGAGAAACCUGUCGGCCCGCCAAAGUCCGGUUGGCCGUGAUCGUGGUCCCGCUCCCGUUGCAGGGCCACCUCAACCAGCUCCUCCACCUCUCCCGCCGCAUCUCGGCCCGCGGCAUCCCAGAGGUUACGUCUGUUUCCGAUAAGAUAGUCAUCAUUUACGACUCGUUGAUGGCCCACGUCGUUCAAGACAUCCGCUCGGUUCCGAACGCCAAGUCCUACUGCUUCGAAAGCAUAUCGGCUUUCGCAUUGUACUCGUACUUUUGGGAGACCUCCGGAAAGCCUGUUUUGCCAGCCGGGGCGGAGGUUGUCGGAGAAGCGGGCCCCACAGAGGGAAGCUACCCGCCGGAGCUUCUUGAAUUCGUGGGUAUGGUGGAUAGCUCCCCGAGUUUCAACUCCGGGGAGAUUCUCCAUGGGCCCGUUUUAUCCGGUCGUGGAAAUAUUCGAGCGAAAUAA